AGGGAACGUUAAUGGCUGGUGUUUUUAUACGUCGGCGAGGGAGCAUAGCAGAGGGCACAUGCGUCAACACAAGCUCCGAGAUAAGCACUGAGCAAACGGCCAGAUCUGUUGCCAUCCCCACCACGCUCUUUCUGUCUCUGCCUACCCAUCUUAUCUUGGACAACGCGGGGCUGGGUUGUCUGGCAUCACCUCCCGUCUUUCCCUCCCUCUCAUUCUUUAUUUGUUCUUGUCAGAUCCCUUGAAUACGUUAUCUGGCUCUCGUGGCUCUGUCGGUGCUGAGCAAGAGGCUCCCACCAAGUAGUACGCAGUGAAUGGGCAGUGGCUGGGUUUGACUUUCUGCGGCAUUGCGGUAGGGGUGGUGCUGGUUGUGCUGUGGAAUCGCGCAUUUUCAAUGCUCUGGAGGGAGCCCAAAAUGCUCUUGCUUGUGCCUCUGGAAGACGGAACAAGGAGGGUCGUGUGCCUGAGUCAGGGCUGCCUUUUGAAGCUGGCCACGGGAGAGUCGUUGGCAGGUGGUGGCAACACUGUGACUGAAUCAAAGCCAGAAGCCAUGACGGCUGCAGCAGAGGCAGAUGCCUCCAGCCUCGGCUCAGCUGAGGACAGUGGCAAGGGUUCCUCAACCUCCGAGGAAGAAGAUGGCAAUGUGGCCAAGCCAACUGCAGCUGCGGGUGAAGCAGUACCAGAGACUGGUGGGCAGGAGCUGGUCUUCAUCCAGGACACUGGUUUCAACGUGCGAAUUCAGGCACCAGGCAUAGAGACAUUUGACAUUCAGGUGAGCUCUAUGGAGCUGGUCCAGGAGAUCCACCAGCUGCUGAUGGACCGAGAGGACACGUGCCACCGGACGUGCUUCAGCCUCCAGCUGGAUGGUACCACGCUAGACAACUUUGCUGAGCUGAAGAACAUCCAGGGCCUCACGGAGGGAUCCCUCAUCAAGGUUGUUGAAGAGCCGUACACGGUGCGGGAGGCACGCAUCCACGUGCGCCAUGUGCGAGAUCUGCUCAAGUCUCUGGAUCCCGGUGAUGCCUACAAUGGCCUGGACUGCAGCUCCCUGGCCUUCCUCAAUGUUGUCACACAGGGGGACAUCCUCGAGAAGAAGAGCCGAGGGGAAUCUGUCGACUGCACGCCACCAGACUACAUCAUCCCAGGCUGCAAAGAAAACCCACCGCUCGUGCCUCUGCUGCCACAGGCCAAGGACCAGAAGAGUUAUCAAGCCCUGAAAGUGUUGACCACCAGUGGUUGGAACCCCCCACCUGGGCCGAGAAAACUGCACGGGGACCUGAUGUACUUGUAUGUCGUGACGCUGGAAGAUAAGAGGUACCACAUCACAGCAUCUACAAGAGGCUUCUAUGUCAACGAGUCCACAGAGGAAGAGUUCAACCCACGGCCAUGUUCACCCAAGCAUGUUUACCACUCUCUCGUUGACCUGCUUAGUCAGGUGAGCAGCUCCUUCAAGCGCAACUUUGCCCUCAUCCAGAAGAAGCGGACCCAGCGGCACCCCUUCGAGCGGGUGGCCACGCCCUACCAGGUCUACUCGUGGCUGGCACCCACGUCCGAGCACAGCAUUGAUGCCAUUCGUGCAGAGGACGCGUUCUCGUUCAAGCUGGGCUACGAGGAGCACAUCCCGGGCCAGACGCGCGACUGGAACGACGAGCUGCAGACAACGCGCGAGCUGCCCCGCAAGACCCUGCCCGAGCGGCUGCUGCGCGAGCGUGCUGUCUUCAAGGUGCACAGCGACUUCGUGGCUGCUGCUACGCGGGGUGCCGUCGCCGUGGUCGACGGCAACGUCAUGGCCAUCAAUCCUGGAGAGGAGACAAAGAUGCAGAUGUUCAUCUGGAAUAAUAUCUUCUUUAGCUUGGGCUUUGAUGUGCGAGACCACUACAAGGAAUUGGGUGGCGAUGCAGCAGCUUUUGUGGCACCCUGCAAUGAUUUGCAAGGCGUGCGAGCAUAUGCAGCCGUGGACGUAGACGGCCUGUGCACGCUGGGCACGGUGGUGGUGGACUACCGGGGCUACCGGGUCACGGCGCAGUCCAUCAUCCCUGGCAUCCUCGAGCGCGAGCAGGACCAGUCGGUCGUCUAUGGUUCGGUCGACUUCGGCAAGACGGUCGUCACGCAUCCCGACUACCUCGAGCUGUUGAAGAAGGCUGGAAAUGCACUGAAAAUACUACCUCAUAGUGUGAUCAACGAGAAGAGCGAAGAAGUAGAGCUGUGCUCGUCUGUUGAGUGCAAGGGCAUUACAGGCAAUGACAACAGGCACUACAUUUUAGACCUGUUGCGGACAUUCCCUCCCGAUGUCAACUACCUCAUUUUGGAUGGCGUGGAAUUGUGCAAGGAGUCCCGAGCUGCAGGCUUCCCACGGGAACACAAGCACAAGCUGUGUUGCCUCCGACAGGAGCUGAUUGACGCCUUUGUUGAGGCUCGGUACGUGCUGUUCAUGAAGCUUGCCGCCUUCCACCUGCGAAGCCUAGAGAAAAAGCAGCUGGCCAAGGACGGCGAGGAGGCGAAGAAGGAGGACUCCAAGGAAGGGUCACCAGAGAUGGACACCGAAAACAAGGAAAAGUCAGAGCCACCUCUGAUGCCUGGGGAGAUCAGGAAGUCAGCAGAGCGGUUGACAAACGGAGACAGUCCUGGCACCAACGGCGCAUUGCCCGAUGCCGAAAGUCAGAAAGAUGUGAUCGUCAAGGCAGCUCGGGGUGUUGGGUCCCUGAAGGAUACAGAGUUUGACAUCCGGUUCAAUCCUGAUGUGUUCUCUCCUGGAGUGAAGCACGCUGGUGAUGAAGAGCAGCUGAAGAGGCAGCGGCGUCUAGUCAUUGAGGCAGCAGACUUUUUGGUCGCUGACCAACUACCCGCUUUUGUGAAAGACUGCGCGGAUCACUCCUGCUCUCCCAUCGAUGGAAUUACACUCAGCGAGGCCAUGCACAGUCGGGGCAUCAACAUGAGGUAUUUGGGACGGCUCGCAGACAUGCUGGCGCCCAUGGAACAGCUCAAGUAUUUGCAUGCGGUGGUGGUGGGUGAGCUGCUGACCCGUGCAGCCAAGCACCUGCUGACCACCCACCUACAGGGGGUCGACCCCACCAACAUGGCAGCCGCCAUCAGCCACUUUCUCAACUGCUUCCUAGCUGCGCCUACCGCCAACGUCCAGGCACCCGUGUCCUCCGAUGAGCUCAAGGGUAACCGGAAGAAGGGCAAGAGGAAAGGAAGGCACAACCUGUUCUCUGUACAAGACUCCAGCGAGUGGGCAAGCCUGACGCCACGCUCCCUGUGGGAGCAACUGCGUGGGGAGCUGCGGUCUUACUACGGCUGGGAGCUGCCCUCGACGGCCGCGUCGGCCGGCGGGUGUCCGGACGAGUACCUCGGGAGCCUGCGUCUGCUCAAGUGCUCCCUCCUGCGUUCCAUCUGCCUCAAGACGGGCCUGCAGCUGCUGCAUCGCGAGUACGCCCUGGAUAACCGGGCGCGAGCCCCUUUCACCGAGGACGACAUUCUCCAGGUGUUCCCGGUGGCCAAGCACGUGCAUCCUCGUGCAACGGAUGCAUACCACUUCUACCUGACGGGCCAGAGCAAGAUCCAGCAGGGCCUGCUCCGCGAGGGCUACGAGCUGGUCAGCGAGGCCCUGAACCUGAUGAACAACGUCUACGGAGCGCUGCACCCGGAGAUCGCCCAGUGUCUGCGUCUACUGGCUCGCCUGUGCUACGUUAUGGGAGACCACCUCGAGGCCAUGGCCUACCAGCAGAAGGCUGUGCUCAUGAGUGAACGAGUGAACGGAAUCGACCACCCUUACACCAUCACUGAAUAUACCCACCUCGCUCUGUACUGCUUCGCAAAUUCGCAAGUGACGACGACGUUGAAGCUACUAUACCGGGCAAGGUACCUCAUGCUGCUCGCAUGCGGGGAGAACCAUCCCGAGAUGCCCGUGCUCGAUAGCAAUAUUGGCCUCAUUCUGCACGCUGUCGGCGAGUACGACUUGUCAUUAAGAUUCCUCGAGAAUGCCCUCAAGCUGAACAUUGCGUUCUAUGGUAGCCGCAGCCUGAAGGUGGCGGUCAGCUACCACUUGGUGGCUCGUGCUCAAUCCUGUCUGGGCGAAUUCCGAUCUGCCCUGCAGAACGAGAAGGAGACCUACACCAUCUACAAGGCGCAGCUUGGCGAGGAGCACGACAAGACUCGCGAGAGCUCGGAGUGCCUGCGCCACCUAACGCAGCAGGCGGUGGUGCUCCAGAAGAAGAUCAACGACAUCUACAAGAAGAACACCACAGCUGCUCUCCCUCCUAUUCAGAUCCAGGCACCUUCCCAGAGCAAUGUCCUCGAGAUGCUCAACAUAAUCAACGGCAUCCUUUUUGUACAGAUCAGUCCGCAGGACAUUGAAAACUUCAAGGCCGAGUUGGAACGCCGACAGCAGCUGGCUGCAGCCGAAAAGAAGUCUGCCACUCCUGAUGAGGGAGCAGCCGCUAAGGAGCCGUCGGACGCUUGUAAUGGUGGUGCUGUGGCACAGUCUGGUAGUGCGUUGACAAAUGGCAGUAGUCCCGUCAACGCGACGACAACAACGACGGAGACGUCUUCCUCUGGGGAUGCCACCGUUGCAGCCGAAGUACCAAGCCGGUGAGGAGGACGGCAUCGCAUCACCGUCGCCGACAUUACCAUCUGAGAGGCAUGCAUCCCUUCCGUCAACUUUCUUGUGUGGAAGACUCGUGAGACAAUACCAGCACCCGCGGGGCUUGCCGGAUGGACUCUUUAAUCCGUGCCCGUCGCAUCAUCUAUUUACUCUUUCCCCCCACCCAGGCUCUUUCCCCCUUUUCUUUCUUACACAAUGUAGCAUUGUAAAUUUCCCCGCUCAUUCUUUGCACACCUCAAUUUACCUUUUUCUUCUUGCUGUUGUGGUUUUAUUACUUAGAUAGCAAGUGCACGAAAUUGAGUGUGACUUCUUCCUGGCUUGGGAGGGAGAGUUAUUCUUUUUUUUUCUCUCUCUCUCUUCAGGCUUAGCCUUUUUUUUUUUUUUUUUGGACAAGUGUGCUGUGCAUAUGUCUUCUGGCUCAACGACAUCCUUUCUGAGGGAAGUUGCACUUAACCGUGGAAGCGUACCGCAUUUAUUUUUUUUCUCUUGCCUACAGGCUAAAAGAGUCGCUACUUUCUUAACGCUUGACACACACCGCAUCAGAAAAUGACUGUGCAUAGGAAAGCAGAAGCUUUCAUCGCCAAGUAGCGUGUAAAGCCAGAGUUGUUGCACUCUGGAGCUGUCCUUCCAUAGUGGUCUCUCAAACAGCACAUGCAUGUCUUUUGUUUUUUUAAGUAUGCCGCAAACAGAUCAAAGCAGCUGUGGUGGAUUUUUUUUCCGAGAUCUGUUGUCUGAAAUGCUGCUGUUUGGCAAUACUGUGCUAGAGCAAUCGCUGAGCGAGUGAAAGUAGACUCUGCCCAAUUGCGGGAAUGUACCGUAGCGAACCGUUGGCCGUCGUUGCUAGAAAGCGUCCAAGCUCAUGUCCUUCUGUGCACAUAUUGCAAAUGAGUUGUGCUGUCCAAUCAAUGAACCUUCCUGUCUGCAAUUGUGAAGCUGCCAUUUUUCAGACCUUCCGUUGCCUCGUCGCAGUGAAGGUAAUGGCGACGAUGAUCGAGUCUAAAAAUGACCAGGUAUACACGAGUAAAAUAUUGCCUGCUUGGUUUUUUUUUUUUUCACAUUAAGCUAACUUGUUUAAUAAGCACUGUUUUGCAUUGUUUUGCCCCCCCUCCCCCUCCUGGCACUUCCUGCGCACUUCAUUUGCUUGCUGGCAAGCAGUGCGAUUGUUUGCAAGCUGCAGGUUUUCAAGCUCGUGCAGUCAUUUCCGGUUUAGACUACUGGUGUCGUUAGGACUGAAACUUAUAGCAUGUAGGGGAGAAAAAAGAAAUUGCGAAACAGCUUCGUUGGGCACCCUGUACAGCGUGCUCAUCUGCAUAAGUGUGAAGGGCCAGUGCAAUCUGCGGGAUGUUGUUUUUUGUGUAGGCAUGAUUGGGGUUGUUUAAUGAGCGUCCUGUAUUACCCUGUGAUUUCCGAGCGGGAGCAGCCUAACUAAAGCCCCUGCAUCCACGCGCCACCGCCGCUUUCUUAAGUAGCGACAACCUUUGUUGUGCGCUGCCUUUUCCCCUCACACCAAAUCCGGUUCCGUCAUUUCCGGUUUCAAGAUUUCCGGUUCCGGCAUUUCCACUUCCUGGAAUUGCGCUGCGGGAAUUUCCACUUUGACUGCUGUUAGACAAUGGUGAGACGCCCGCGCGUGCUUAGCAGAGCUGUGGCAGUCACCAUGAGAAGAAUGCAAAAGCUGUUGUAAUCCGCUGAAGUAGUAGUUCAUGGUCGCUGUUUUCUAAAUGCACGAAAAACGGCAGUGGUCUCCAAGUGCACAGGCACUACAUUCCACUGUACGUAGUCUCUCGUGACACAACCUGUCGCAGGUUGACGCGAAGCAGCGAACACAAUCGGAUCGUUGAUUACAAUAGGCGGUGGUUCUUGGAUGGAAUCGCAUUCACAGUUUAAACCGCAGCUGGUGCAGUUAAAGCCUCUCCAUCGACGCGAAAGUAAACAACGCUAGAAAAAACAAAAAAAAAACAUAGCAUCACUUCCACUCGGAACAGGAAGCUGCAGCUACAUAAGUUCCGCUUGACGCCGGAAGCUAAGGGGGUGAGUGGGAGAGGAGUGUGGAGGAGGAGGGUAGGUUGGCGGUACUUAAACUGGUCGGCGGAAACGUGUAUGGAGGGGCUUUAAGCAUAACGAGGCAAUUAUAACUCUAUACACGCAGCAACCAGUCACUCAAUCUUGUAUUCAGUGACAAGACUUUUUUUUUCUUGAUAGUUAAACAGGGAAUGUUGGAAACGGGUAUCGUGUAGCAAGCCAAGCCAAGUUUUUUUUUUAUAUACAUAUAUUUUAGCUUCUUGUUUGGCAGCACUUCAUUCAACUUUGUUAUCGUGAUGUGGAGCGAACACAGAAGUGCAUAUCUAGUGUGUAUAAGAAAAACCUUUUUAUAACUGGCGACAACACCUGCUGUUUUGUUAGAGCAGAAAACUCGUAUGAAUGCAUGGGUACUGUUGAAGGCUGUGCAUGCCCAUAAUAAUAUUGCUUGUACAUAACUAGCUGGAAAGCGAGAUAGUCAACAUGUUUCAAAGAUCUUGCUAGUUUCUCAGUACGAUUCUUUUGUGUACUCUUGUGGACAACAUUGCAGUCUUCUCUUGCAAGGCUGCUUUUUUAACUGUAGUGACCAAGAAGUCACUUCAGUGCAGCUGUCAAUAAAAUGUGCGUUGCUGUCCUUUUUGGAAGUUGAAUUAUGCAGAUGACCUAGCCAAGUACUUUUAUUAUUCUUUUGUUGAGAACCGUCGUGCUCGAUUUUUGUUGCUUUUUCUCAUGUUGGCACAUAGAGAAGACUACUGGUUGAACUUCGCAUAAGUCACUAUGCAAAACUCCUCGACAGAGAGUGUGAACUCUUUCUUGGGAAAGAGAAAGAAGAAUGUCCACAGUGAUGUUUUACUUGUCAGUCACUUCACACAUUUGAGGAAGUGGUCAUGUCCUCAGAUACGAGAAUGACUGGGGGAACAGUUCAGGCCUAGCACAAGGGUGAGGUGCGAUAUAUCUCAUUCUCCGUACGACUGGCUCCCCGUUCUUGUGUAUUAGCGCAGUACAAUUCGCUCCUGCAGUGUGUGCAACUGGGGAACGCUGCAUGUGAAUGCCUUGGGGCAGUUUCUACGUACACGUGUUCAAAUGGAACCUUGCCACUGCAGGUGUUAGACUGCGCCGAGAUGCUCCAGCGCCCAAGGAACCAAGUUUCAGUGCCUUGAAAGUGUUAACGUACGGACAAAUGUUGGGUGUGUAUUGAGUGCGCAUCAUGCCCAUGAGACUUGCUGGUGGCUACAGCUAUGGUCGAGGAUAUUUUAAUGCUUUUCCCCUUGCUACCCUGCAAGAAAUUGCGCUGACUGUCGUCCAAAGGAGAACAAAUUUCCUCUGUGGCGCUCGCCUUACGAAAGGUUCACCAACCCAACGUUGAAAAAUGCUUAACCAGUCCACAGGGCAACUUUUUAACAGAUGUGAAGCUAGGUUGUGCAUGAGAGCUGGGCCAGCUUUUUAAGAGACAUGAAGCGAGGCCCAUGCAUGGCCUUGGCAGUUGGGGUGAGGGAUUGUUCCUGGCUGACGCUGGCGGUGAAUUGGUAUGCAAACCACUGCAUUGCUCGAAACAUUGUGCAACAUGUGGACCCCCAUUUAUGACAUUGAGGACAGCAACAAGUCGCGAUGCAACCUGUCCUUGCAUACCAAGCAUUUCAUUGUUUUUCUAGUGAUGUCACCAUACCAAAGUGCCACAAUUCCUGAUGAUGACAUUUUUUAAAGGAUGGCAAGGGCAGUGUAAGCGAAAACUUCCUUGGCCUUGUAAUGUGUCGCAUCUACACAGAUUGCUUUGUGCAUGAACUUGUUUCACAGUGCUGCCGAUGAACUGCCGACCAUUUCUUUUUUGUCCCUUCUGACAUGUUACUUUCUCGUUCUCGCUUAACUGUUGACGUAGUCUGUGCAUACUGCUAGUCAACUGUGUGAUGCUCGUGACCAGUGGCUGACUGUAGUCAAGAGAGCGGUGUGCCUUUUCAGUGUCUACGAGUGAGCUGUAUGAGUGGCCUUCUGCUUAUGUUGUGUAAACUCACAUACGCUGUCUUCCUUUCUCUGCACUACCUGUCUUGACCGUGCACUUGUAUGUUGUUGUUGUUAGAACGCUCAGCAGCACACACUUUUGCAAGGAACUGCGGUGGGGCUCCAAUGAGUGCUGAUCCGGAGCCUGACGUAUGUCGAAACUGAGAUGCUCUGGCGACGCUGGCAAACAGCUUUGUUGGAGUUAUGGUGUUGCUCUGACAGGCAGUUUUGGUGACUUUGGCAACACGAUGAAGCGAAUGCACAUGCUUAUUUUUCCCUUUGUUGCUUGGCAAGUUUUCUCAACUUAGCUGUUAUGCAGACAGUCGCACUUCUGCUCUUCAACCAUUGUGAACAGUUUUGUUACAAUCCCAAUUCUUUCAAGUCCCCCCUCCCCCCGUAGCAUGUUAGUGGCCAGAGCUCUUCUGCUUUGUUUCGCUGAACUGUUCAUUUUGUGAACAACUAUGGGUCUCAUGCAGUCACCAUUGCAGCUUUGUGCUUCCGUAGAGGAGUCAGCAUGCAGAAUGCAGCUUUACAAAAAUGCUGUGUGCUGCUUCCGCAUCAUGUGUGCUCUUGCUUGCUGAAGAUUUUAUAAAUAUCUGCGCCCACAUUUGCAAAUUUUCUUUUAUGCAAGAACAUUUAAUGUGUGCUCGGUGUUUGGGCACCCUCUCCUCGUGAUCGGCAUGAUAUCGAGAUUAUCACUAUGGCGACAACCAUUCUUGGUACCAGAGCACUUGCAUGAGAGAAGGCUUGCAAAUUACGUGGUACGGUUUAUCUUACAUGAGCCAAUCAUGCACAUGGGCGCAACGUUUGUGGAAGGAUAUGCUCGCCAUUGCGUUUGAACUGGUUGGCGAUGUUGCAGGGCUGUUGCUCAUCUUCCUUUGUUUUUUCUAUUCAUCUGGAGGUGCGACGCCUCCCGGUUGUCCAUAGUGAUGCACCGUACCAUGUGGCUCAGAAAAAUGUUAGCCUCUCUAGCUGUGCCUCUGUCCCACUAUGACAACUGGAACUUUUUGAGCGUACUCACAUUCAGAAGUGUGUAGUACACCAAGUCACAACAGUUCCCUGUUGAUUUAAUGUGCAGUGCACAUAUGUCAGUGUUGCUGUACGAAAAGCAGCUGUAAAAAAAUGUCUCGGGCACAAAAGUUUUAAAAAGUCCCACUGCUUUGUCUCAAUAUGCUAUACAAACCUGUCGGAUCCAAUUAAGACCAACAAAGACUAAUUGUGUUCCAUGAAGAUAGUAAAUGCAGCUCUUUUCCUAUACUUCACUUGUCUAACAGCAUAAUGUGUAAAACUGAUGCUUAAAAAUCAUGCAUAGCAAAUGAAGGCAUUGCAGAAGUUGGUGUUGUGCAGCUGUCUUCACAACACUUUCCUAGCAACUCAUCCACGGACAUUGAAAACCAGCAAAUGCAUGCCAUUCAGAAAGUUAAACUGAAAAUCAGUGCCAUUAUUUAAAAAAGAAUAGGUAAUGCCAGUCUUAAACCAGCCAGGUGGCGACAGAAGUACAGCAUGAAGGCUGCAAUGCCCUCUUGCCAGCUGGUUGUGGCCAACAUUUCAGAAGACUGCUUUGCUGCUUCUAGCUUGCACAUUCAAGUACAAGAUGCAGUUGACUGCCAUCUUUGAAGACCAGUACCAUACUUAACGAGAAAAUUUUGUUUCAUUUUUCCCACACAGUGGGCAAUGACAGAAGGAAAGGCAGACAAAGUUUGAUAGUAUGUGCCGUCUUCUGUUGAAAGUUUGUUGGCUGAAAUGUGAGCUGAGACUCCUUUCUGAAAGUGAGCCAUGGUUUGUGCAGCAGAUGCUGAAGGACGUGUUAGGCUAACUCGGAUGCAGAAACGUAAUCCUGGUAGCUCAUUUGUACACAGCAAAUUAUUAAUCUUAGAAAGGCUUAGGUAUUAGUGGCUCUUUUUAUAUCCCAAUCCAUAGCCCAACAUGCUGCCAACUUGCAGGCAAGGAAAGUGUUACAGAGACUAAUACAGACACGGAACACCCUGGCCGAUGAUUUUGGUUGAUGCCUUAGAUGUUUGCAUGUAGCUGCACUUUUCUCCUUCCUGUUGCUAUGACCUUUCUUCAAUAUUAUUUACAGGUAGUUGAGUAUUAGCAGUUACAUAGGAGCUGGGCUACAUUUUUUUGUUUGAAUAGAUCCUAGCAUUCCAUGUGUUUCAUAGAGAACAACCUAGCCACUUUGUUGUACAAAUGAGUCAGCUUGUAAGGUAGCCAUUGUUAAAAAAAAAUAAAAUGUUGCAUCAGUGCUAA